GAAUUCCGUUCUUCCGCGGGGCGGAAAAGGCAUGUCGGCUUGUGUCCCGACAGUUUCUAGUCCUCUUCCUUUGCAGGACCCCAUGAGCAAGCUGUGGCGGCGCGGGAGCACCUCUGGGGCUAUGGAGGCCCCCGAGCCAGGGGAAGCGCUGGAGUUGAGCCUGACAGGUCCUCACAGCCACGGAGUACACAAGAAAAAACACAAGAAGCACAAAAAGAAACACAAGAAGAAGCAUCAUCAGGAAGAGGAGGCCGGGCAGACACAGGCUCCUGCCAAGCCCCAGCUUAAACUUAAAAUCAAGCUGGGUGGACAGGUCCUGGGCACCAAGAGUGUUCCUACCUUCACUGUGAUCCCUGAGGGGCCACGAUCACCUUCUCCCCUGAUGGUAGUGGAUAAUGAAGAGGAACCUAUGGAAGGAGUGCCUCUGGAGCAGUACCGAGCCUGGCUGGAUGAAGACAGUAAUCUGUCCCCCUCCCCACUUCGGGACCUGCCAGGGGAUCUGGAGGGUCAGGAGGAAGAGGAGGAACAGAGGUGGCUAGAUGCCCUGGAGAAGGGAGAGCUGGAUGACAAUGGAGACCUCAAGAAGGAGAUCGAUGAACGGCUGCUUACUGCGAGACAGCGAGCCCUGCUCCAGAAGGCGCGGAGUCAGCCGUCCCCCAUCCUGCCUCUACCGGUGGCUGGGGGCUGCCCUGCCCCUGCCCUCACCGAAGAGAUGCUACUGAAACGUGAGGAGCGGGCACGGAAGCGGCGGCUGCAGGCGGCAAGGCGGGCCGAGGAGCACAAAAAUCAGACUAUUGAGCGUCUCACCAAGACUGCCGCUCCUAGUGGGCGCGGAGGGCGUGGGGCAGCACGGGGCGAGAGGCGCGGAGGGCGGGCAGCUGCCCCGGCCCCUACACCCAUGGUGCGCUACAGCAGUGGGGCACAGGGCUCCACUCUGUCCUUUCCUCCCGGCGUCCCCGCACCCGCGGCGGUGGUUCAGCGGCCCGCCCCGUCGGGCCCCGCUCCCCGCUGUUCCGUCCCCGGCUGCCCCCACCCGCGUCGUUACGCCUGCUCCCGCACAGGUCAGGCUCUCUGCAGCCUGCAGUGCUAUCGCAUCAACCUACAGCUACGGCUGGGUGGACCUGAGGGCCCGGGGUCCCCCCUUCUGGCCACUUAAGGCCUCCCCCGU